AUGAUUCAAAAUUCUGCUGGUUAUCGAUCGGUGAAUACUGCAUCUUCGAUGACCGUGCAGGUGAAGAAUCAGAAGAAAAUAUGCGCCCGUUGUAACAAACCAGUUGUACAAGAUAGCCAACGAACGAAGACAACUUUAAAGGCCCUCGGUAAAUACUAUCAUGAAAGUUGUUUUACCUGCCAAGACUGUCAAAAACCUUUGAAGCCUAAGUACUUCCCAUAUCAAAUAGACAGGACAAGUGAGCCUAUAUUGUUAUGCCAAUACGAUUAUUUUAAAAGACAUAACUUGUUAUGUCAUGUAUGUGAUACUCCACUACGUGGGCUAUAUUAUACCGCAUUCGGUUACAGAUACGAUGAAGAGCAUUUUUCUUGUACAAUAUGUGCUACUCCUUGUGGUGUGAAGAAAUGCUUCAUGUACGAAAAUCAAUUAUAUUGUAAGUACCAUUUUCUCAAGUAUUUCUCCAAACGUUGUAAAGGGUGCGGAUUCCCAAUAUCAGACCAAUAUAUCGAGUUUCCCAAAGGCGAAGAAAUACAUUGUUGGCACCCAGAAUGUUAUGGGAUUCAUAAAUAUUGGCAUGUAAAUUUAGCAGCGGAAACUGUUGGUUUGCAGUACCUUCCCAAGUUAGAAUAUAACCCAAAUGCCGGAGACAAAGAUAUAAACCCAACCGCCUACGAGUUAGAAAAACAAAUGCAGGCGUUUAACUUUAUUCUAUCUAAAACGUGGUCGGUUUUAUAUCGAUUCGAGGAAGAAGCAGCUUCCUGCAUCUCUGAUAUGUUUCAGUACUUGACAAGCAAUGAUCAGUUAAAGGGCAUAGAGUCUACGGGCCUAUUGGUACUGAAAAUUGACUGCCUUUUCAGGGGGCUGGACACUUUCAACUUCUCGACGAACAAAAACAUGUCCGUUAAUAGUGAAUUAGAAUGCACUGAAAAUAACGUCAUAGCUGUCAACAAAUACAGCAAGUUUCCAAAAAAUCUUUCGACAAAAAUAAUGAUAUAUUUACAACUGUUGAGAAAGCUAGGGACAGAAAACAAAAACGAAACUAUUACAAUUUCAUCUUUCAUGUCUGUUAUCACCGGAUUAGCCCAUUUUCUAAAACUAUUAACUAGGUUUGGAUUAUACACGGCUCUAGAAAACAACAAAGUGACUCGUUCCGUUAAUCCGCUGCUACGAUUUUUAAGAGAAGUAGAAAAGAAUGAGCUUUUUGAAAAUAACCCGUUUCAAUAUAUCAAGACUCCUGUUAACGCCACAGAUAGUUGCGCUGGAUGCAAUAAAUACAUACAGGAGGAAUGCAUUCAAUUUUAUGAGCACAGAUGGCAUAUUGCCUGUUUUACUUGUUGUUCAUGUCAUAAGAAUAUCAAUCCGAGGAGUUUGACAGAUCCGACCUUUAAUAAAGAAAAAAAAAGAAUUCUAUGUUCUCACUGUUCAAUUGAUGAUCCAGCUUCUGUGCCCGGUUUCAAAUUUGUCACUAAGCUGGCACAACUAAUUUUUCUUUUGAAAAUUGCGCUAGUUAAAUCAAGAACGGUCAUGUUGAAAUCGAGAGCAUCUAAUAAAGUUGGCAGGAACUCUUUACAGAGUACUAUGCUGAAGGAACAGACUUACAUUAGAACACUAAAUGACAUUAAAAGAUUGAGAUCAAGAAGAGAAAGUGUUCGAGUUACUCAUAACAAACAACAAGCUAGAAAAUCAGUGAUAUUGGAAACUGCUGAGACGGAUUUGAAUGAUCCAAGGAAGCAAGGAGAUAGCAAAAAUCUUGUAAUUCAGACAGAUGACCUAUCAUCCAGUCAGCAAGUGAGCACACGCGAAAACGUUUUCAGCAAUACUAAGACAUUGACGCUAGAUGACAUUUCACGCAUUGUCGCCGCUGAACAAGCAAGAGAGCUAAGACCUAACGCUUUUGCACACUUCAAAAAGCUGAAAGAAACGGAUGACGAAACUUCGAAUAUUGUUCCCAAGAAAAGCGGGGUUUAUUACUCAGAAUUAAAUGCUAUAGAACUCUCGACAAUAAGGGCUAUCAGUUUAUCACUGCUAGCUGGUAAACAACUGAUAUCGAAGACUGAUCCCGAUUAUAAUAACUUGGUUUCUAUGGUCUUUUCGAAUGAAAAACAAGUCACAGGCAGCUUUUGGAACAGAAUGAAAAUUAUGAUGAGCAUGGAGCCUAAAAAGACCAUCACUAAGACAGUUUUUGGGACUCCUUUAGAUGUAUUGUGCGAGAAAUGGGGUGUUGAUUCUGAUUUAGGCGUUGGGCCUGUAAAAAUCAGAAUUCCCAUAAUUAUUGACGAGCUAAUAUCAUCUUUGAGGCAGAUGGAUAUGUCAGUGGAAGGCAUUUUCAGGAAAAAUGGAAACAUCAGAAGACUGAGAGAAUUAACUGCUACCAUUGAUAGUAAUCCGACAGAAGCGCCUGACUUCUCAAAAGAAAAUGCAAUUCAAUUGUCCGCUCUUCUGAAAAAAUUCAUUAGAGAACUUCCCCAACCGAUUUUAUCAACAGACUUAUAUGAAUUAUGGAUUAAAGCUGCGAAAAUCGAUUCAGAGGAUGAGAAACAGCGUGUUAUAUUGUUAAUAUAUUCUUUAUUACCCACUUACAGCCGCAAUUUACUGGAGGCACUUUUGUCAUUUCUGCAUUGGACAUCUUCCUUCUCUUACAUUGAGAAUGAAAUGGGAUCAAAAAUGGACAUUCACAAUCUAUCCACAGUCAUAACACCUAAUAUCUUGUAUUUACGCCAUAAAGAAAUCUCCAAUGAUAACGUCCCGGACGAACCGGAAUCAGGUUUGGUUGACUCAUUCGCUCAAAACAAAGGAGAAAAUUACUUUUUGGCUAUUGAGAUUGUUGAUUACCUGAUCACUCACAAUGAAGAAAUGGCAAUGGUUCCAAAAUUCUUAAUGAAUCUUUUAAAAGAUGUGCAGUUACAAAAAUUAAAUGACUACGAAUCAAUAAACCAUUUUAUUUCCACCAUUAUGCAAGAUAAAACAAUCGAUUAUUCCGAAUGUGAUAUAAAAACUCCUGUCACGGUUAAAGAUUCGACUACCACGGUCAUACAAGGUGAAGUAAACAAAUAA